CUUAUGUUUAUGUAUCGCACAAUGUAAGCUAAACAGUAUCUGUUAGCUACCAUUAUUAAAUCAAUAUUUAAAAUGGAAGACCACAAACAACAUAAUAAUUCGUUUGAUAGCGAUAAAACAGUUUCUUUUCAUUCACAAAAAUCUUUAGAAUAUGUGGAUCAUUUCUCGAUAGAUUCAGAGAGUGAUGAAUCAGAAAUUCUGGAUCCAUUUGAAAAAUACCAUGUUGACAAAUUAUUGAAGCCAUCUCCUGGAAAGUACAUUUCAAAAAAAGAGUUAAUUAAAAAAAUUGCCGAUGAAUUUACAGAAGAGACCAAGAAAUUGUUUGAUGAAAUAAGAGAAGAAAUGAAAACCACUGAAGACCCAUUGGAAGUAAACUUUAAAAACAUGCCAAAAACGAGUUUAUUGGAUUUCAAAGAUUUACCACAAACCAAUAUUAAUUUACCAAAACCCUUAGAAGAUUCAGAUUCGGAAUAUUCUGAUGAUGAAAGUUAUGUAUCCAAUAUCUGGCAAAUGAUGGAAUCAAAUUGCACCAAUACUUUUCAAAUGAGUACACCAAAUUUCAAUGCAUACCAAGAGCAGAAGCCUCAUUGGUUAGACAGACCGUUAAUAUCUUGGGACACCCUCAAUGCUUCCACAUUGAAAUGCCAAAAAUGGUUGAAAGAUCAAGAUUUUUAA